UCACGGGCAGCGUGACUAGCGUGCUUUGCGACAGUUUUACGUUCGAGCGCCGGCUCGACGUCUCAUCUCCGCCGGAAUAAAAUAAAACAGCCCGACGCGAAGGAAGAGAAACAAGAAAAGACAGAAAACAACAGUUAAUGUUGGAGUCACAGUCACUGAGUGUCAAUGAUGUGAGUCAGUGCUGCAGACGCGAGAGUCAAACUGCCGUCGUCUUUUCUUACUGAGGAGGAAGGCGCCAUAGUGUUGCAUAUCCAUGUUGCAUAUGAAGGAGAAAGCCUCUCUGACUGCACACACACCACAAGCUGCCACUUCUCUGUCCCAGGCUCCUGCGAGAGCUGCACUUCGCUCCACAACCAAAUGAAGCUUCCUGGCUCCCCAGCAGCUGCUCUCACAGAGGACUCCCCCUGCAGCUGGCACUCCUGGGCUCCCGUAGCCCACCCAUGCCUGUGAUCCCCAUCCCACGGCGGGUGCGCAGCUUCCAUGGCCCCCACACCACCUGCAUGCACUCGGCCUGCGGGUCGACGCACGCCUCCAAGCUAGUGCGCACCAAGUACAACAACUUCGACCUGUACUUGCGCUCCCGCUGCAUGUACAGCUUCCUCCGCUUCCUCCUGUACUUUGGCUGCAGCCUCCUGACCUCCCUCCUCUGGGUGGCGCUCUCCGCCCUCUUCUUCCUGCAGUACGUGAGCGUGCGCGUGCUCCUGCGGCUGCAGUACAAGCUGUCCGUUAUCCUGCUCUUGUUGGGGCACCGGCGCCUAGACUUUGGUGUGGUGAAUGACCUGAUCAUCUACAGCAUGCAGAUCACCAUGUUCCUGGUGGGCGGGCUCGGCUGGUGCUUCAUGGUGUUUGUGGACAUGUAGCUGCGAUGUGAGCAUACGUGGGAAAUGUAGUGUGCGAUGUGGAUGCUGCAGACUGUAACCUCAGCUUUGUGUGUCUUCAUGGAACAACACACAGCUUUUACGUGUCCUGUGGGACUGCUCUGUGUCACUCCACUGUAGUCAAAAAAGACCCUUUUGACGUUGGGGUUAAAUGCGUUAAACCUUAUUGGUUGGGUUUCAGAUAUAUAAUUGAAUUUCAUAAGAAUCAAUUAUUUCUAUUACAUCUCUUGUAUUUUCAUGCCAUUUGUAAACAGUUUUCACAGAUUUUGAAGUGCAUCUUGACCAGAAACUGUUCCGUUUGCAAUAAUGGAAAAUGUGAAUGUCAGAAAUGUUGCAUGAAGACGUGACUUACUCUGACUAAUGUGCGUCAUGGCUGCGUGAUGCAAGACAGGCAUGUGUGCCAAAAAUGCAAACAAAGUGGGCCCUAGAGCAAAAGCAAAAUUCCACCAUGAUUCCUGGGUUGAUAUUAUGGAUGUUGUGUUUAAACACAAUAUACCACAUAGAUGAAGCUGAAAGGUUAUGGUGCGGAAAGUGACUGAAACAAGUCGUCAACAGCAGUGAGUGUAAUGUUGUUUUGUGGAACUGGGUUGGGGGGGCGGGCAUUCAAGUGAUAAACAUCCAGUUUUUUUUUGUUUUUUUAAGUUAUUUAAUAAAUUUUCUGUUGAUGAAAUGUGUCGUGCUCUGAGAUGCGUGGCCAACUCAAUUUUCUUACUGUGUUGUCUAACACCCAUGACAGCGCGCCCCGAGCUGUGUCAUAAGAGUGUGUGACAGUUCAAAUUGAAAAAGGGCGUUGGGUCAAGUGCUCCGUCAGUAGCUCUUCACAUGGUUUCAGAGCCGAUCUGACUGACUUCUCUGUUCAGCUUCCCCCAGCGCAACAAACACCAACCACAACUAGACCCUGCUGUUUUCUGCCAAGCAUAACAAUGGAACUGGCUGUGUCCCAGUUACCUUAUAUAGCCUCAUUAUCACAUAGCAUGAAGCAUACGCUGACAUGAAACUCAUGAGGGCGCAUGAGGUUGAAAGAAUCAGUUUAACACUUCCCCUUCUGUUUUAGGUAUCUUCACUAAUAUUUUAUACCUUGUACAAACAUCAUCUUAGAUGUCCUUGCUUAUCUUCCAUGAUAAGAUUUGAGA